AUGUUGGAGUCUGAGAAAUUCAAGAGCAGGCAGAAUAGGAAAUGCUUUGCAUAUAUCAUAGCUGGGGUUGUUUUCCAGACCAUAAUCAUUCUGGUUUUUGCAUUGACAGUGAUGCGCAUCAAAACUCCAAGUGUUAGGCUGGGAUCCGUGACGGUGGAUAAUCUCAACUAUAGUGCAUCGGGCUCCCCCUUCUUCAGCAUGACUUUGAACGCCGAAAUCGCAGUGAAGAACAAGAAUUUCGGGCACUUCAAGUUUGAUCAUAGCACUGCUAACGUAAGUUAUAAUGGGAAUGCUGUUGUGGGUUAUGGAGAUAUUAUCAAGGGACGUGCAAAAGCUAGGAAAACGAAGAAGAUGAGAGUUACGAUUGAUGUUACCUCAAUUAAUACUGGUGCCUCAGAUACUGCUAAGCUGAGUAAUGAGCUGAAUUCUGGGAAUGUGACGCUGACAAGCCUUGCGAGGUUGAGAGGGAAGGUGACGCUGAUGAAGGUGAUGAAGAAGAAGAAGACGGCAGAGAUGAACUGCACAAUGACUGUUGACUUGAAAGGCAGGGCUGUUCAUAUUUUAGAUUGCGAAUAA